UGAGUGAUGUAUGUAUAGUACCAGGCUAGCAAACGGGUUUCCUUGUCAAAUUGGAAUGGGCACCGCACCCUGAAUGUUACGGCCAUUACUGGAAAUAGUAAAAAAAAUAUUGCUCGACGGGUGAAUCUUCUAAUAAAGACCGAUUCUGGACGGAAUUCGACAAAAGGAGGUAUCUGAGAGCGAACACCACAAUUUAGGGGAUCUGUUUUUUUUUUCAGAUCACUGCCCAGGGACUACCUGGACACACCUUUUUAUUAACCCAGAUUUGAUAAAUUUAGCAAGCUUACACAAUGUCGGAGUUAGACCAACUAAGACAAGAGGUGGACAUCCUCAAAAACCAAAUUAGAGAUGCCAGAAAAGCAGUCAACGAUAGUAACCUUGGUACCAUCACAUCCAACAUGGAUUCAAUAGGUCGUAUCCAAAUGAGGACUAGGCGAACACUUCGAGGCCACUUAGCCAAAAUCUAUGCCAUGCAUUGGGGGUCAGACUCAAGAAACCUUGUGAGUGCAUCACAGGACGGCAAAUUGAUAGUUUGGGACUCUGUAUCAACCAAUAAGGUCCAUGCAAUUCCGCUGAGAUCCAGCUGGGUAAUGACCUGUGCCUACGCGCCAUCAGGUAGCUUUGUGGCAUGCGGCGGUCUGGACAACAUCUGUUCAAUCUACUCCCUCAAGACGAGGGAAGGCAACGUCCGCGUUAGCAGAGAAUUGCCAGGGCACACCGGUUACCUUUCAUGCUGCCGUUUCAUCAAUGAUAACCAGAUUGUAACUAGUUCAGGAGAUAUGUCAUGUGGCCUUUGGGACAUAGAAACAGGGCAGCAGACGACAGGUUUCACUGGGCACACAGGCGACGUCAUGAGCCUGUCGGUGUCCAACGACAACCAGACCUUCGUCUCGGGCGCUUGUGAUGCCUCGGCAAAACUAUGGGAUAUAAGGGAAGGCAACUGCAAGCAGACAUUCACUGGUCAUGAGUCAGAUAUUAAUGCCGUCACAUUUUUCCCUAGCGGCACUGCCUUCGCCACUGGCUCUGACGACGCCACUUGCCGGUUGUUUGACAUCCGUGCCGACCAGGAGCUGAUGCUCUACUCACAUGACAACAUCAUCUGCGGCAUCACGUCAGUAGCUUUCUCAAAGAGCGGCCGUCUGCUCAUGGCCGGCUAUGAUGACUUCAACUGCAAUGUCUGGGAUUCUAUGAAGGGAGAACGUGCAGGUGUAUUGGCAGGCCACGAUAAUCGCGUCAGCUGCCUGGGUGUGACCGACGACGGGAUGGCGGUAUGCACAGGAUCUUGGGACAGCUUCCUCAAAGUAUGGAACUAAAACACGCCACACCCGCUAAAAAAAGAUAAGAUAAACAAAAACCUCCCGUGAGCAAUAGGGGAGGGUAACCCCCGGACCGGCCAACACAGGGGGACACACUCCUAACUCCCCCCUCAAAGCUGCGAUGAUCUGGGAAAUCAGCCCCCUGUGCUAAGAGGGGGAAAGUUAAAAACCGCUUUUGGACCUUUGAAUACGAGUGUGGCACUCGUGUAUAAGUUACUGAUGAAGGGAUGAAAGUGAUAUUUCAUAAAAUAAGAGGAAAAGGGGGGGGGGGGUUGCGUGUGUGUCCGAGUGCCCUGUUUUGUGGCUCUGAUACAGAGCAUUAUAUCAUCUGUGUAAAACAGGAAGGGAACGAAAGGAUAUCCAAUGAUAGUGGUUUAAACUAGACAAAAACAAAAAUACUGUAAUAAUAACUAAAUUUAAAAACAAUUGUGCACGAAAUGCUGGCGUGAGUGGUUCAAAUAAAAUAUAAUUGAUUUUUAGAUCUCGAAGUUUGGGGGAGGGGGGAGUUGAAGUUGAUUGUUGAAAUUUUUUUUUAAAAACCUGACAGAAAAAGAGUGUUCAUCAUCAAAGGUUUUAACAUUUAAAUAAUUAAUUGAAAUUUCCGUGCACCUAAAAAGUUCCAGAAAAAAGGCGUCUACUUUUAGGCAGUGUUGAUACAUGUGCUUUAGUUGUGUAUAUAUUUUGUGUUAAUUCUGUAUGCUGAUUUUGUUCCUUCAGAUUUAGCUAGUUGAGAUGGACACGUCUUCAAUUUUUUUAAAAACUAUUUGAAGCUAUUCGUUGGCGCCUCUUUUUGCAACUAUCCCUUGAAAAUCCCCCCCCCCCCUAAAAUGCAAGAAUGUAACGAAAGGCAAGAAAUUUUGGAAACUCUAGUUAAUGCUUAACUCCAGUUCAGUUUUGGUCCGCCCCUUUUUCUGGAAGUUUUUAGGAUUCAUCCGGUUGAGAACCAAGAAGCAUUUUUUGGCCGGGUUUUAAAAAAAAGUAUAUAUAUAUUAAAAGUAAGGUUGUAUUAUUAUUAUUAUUAUUUAGUAGCCCAUAUAUCCGAUGCAUGUGUCGAUCGAUGCACGUAUAUAAAGAUACAUGCCAUUUACAUUUUUUAAUUUCACAUGUGGUUAAAUGUUGACGGAAAAUGGGCUUAAAAAUGAAAACUACGGAAAAAAAAAAAUUAAAAAAAAAAAAUUGUGUAGAUUUUUUCACCACCAAGUUAAUAGUUUAGCUAUCCCAUGGAAAAUUGUUACGGAUAACCUGUGCUUUGUGUAACACAGAAUUUUUUGUUGUUGAGGAAUUUUGUUUAACGUUCCCUUCUCUCUUCGAUAUUAUUGCAUUUGUAAAUGUCGUAAAUGGAUGAAUACAAAAAAAACGAAACUGUAUAGACGCCAACUGUAUGUAUGCAGCAUUGUGCACGAGAAAAACUGAAAAAAAGGUUCGCAUUUUUUUACCCUUGAUGUCCGUUCAUCUCCGUUUUGGUGAAAGUAACGCUACGAGAGAUUCCCGAAUAUCUCUCAUCAUAAUCGGUUGGUUUUAUGAAGCUGUGUUUUGUUUUGAAGCCGGCUUUUGGGCAGAGUAAUACAUGUUCAGCUUGACGAACCGAGAAACUUUUAAAAAUCAUCAUGUAACGUCAUGGAAGGCCAUAGGUGGCAAGUCGCAAUGAUCGUGAGUUGUGAGUCGACCGCCCACAAAAAAACUAAAUAAGAACAACCGGCUCCUUAGGAGGAAUAAGAUGGCCUUUCUGCCCCAAUCCAAAUAAAUUCGGUUUCAUUUUUUUUUUCUUCCGUUUUUGCAAGUUUUUUUGUGUGGAGUUACUUUGAAAAUGAAAAAAUAUAUACAAGAAGUGCAGACUUCUAUGUGUGUAGAAACACUGAUUGCACCUGUUUACGUUCAUUAUUUACUGGCAAUAUUUUCUAACCGAGAAAAGUUCACGUAAUUUUUUAAUUAAUCAACUCUUAAUGAAGCAAGGAAUUUACGCUCGCUCUUUGUUUUUAGUAUUAACCUGCAUCAGUUUUUUGGACGGGGUAUGUCACAAUCGUCUCUCGACAAUGUCUCAUUAAUUCACCGUUUUUUUUGCAUCCGAAUGUACCCUCUGCCUUGCCAAUGCUUUUUGGUCUGUGAAAGGCACACUUUUGAAUGAAAAACAUAAAGUGCAAUGAAAAAGUUGCUAAGAUCAUUGCGGAGAUUACGUGCCUGGUCGCUAAACGAUCCUGCGUUGUGUGAACAAAUUUGAAUCCCCAGAGCCGUUCCGGCAAACGUUGCCCUCUAUUUUACUGUAUCCGACCAUUGCUUUGUAGCAGAUUGAAUAUAAAAAAGAAAUCCAAAAUCUUGUAGUGGAUGGGCUCUAGCAAGUGAAUAUAUAUACUCUUUAAGGUUUAAAAAGAAAACACAAGCAAAUUGAGCAGCUGCCGACCAAUUAGAACUCAUCUUGUAAAAUUACUUGAUUGUUGUGACUAAUUUCUUUUUCCUUUUUUUUCAUUUAUCGCACGUGCUUCACCGAUAAUUUUUUUUUUCUCUUUUUGACAGGUUGUAAUAGAUAUAGGGGAAAGUGGAUAUAUAUAUAUUUACCUUGCGAAAAUGUUUUUUGAAAUCGUUGGGAUUUGUCGUUAUAAAGAUGAGCAAUUGUUUUGCCAUUCUUGGAACUGAUGGGGAAAUCCCGUCAGAUAUUUUGUUUUAAUGAUAAAAAAAGCGGAAUUAUUAAACAGCAGAAUGAUGUAAUUUCUUAGUUCUCCCAAGGGAACUAUUGGUAGCGUUGUGUACUAUUGCAUAGUUGCCACAUGGAGACGAUGAAUUCUUUGUGUAUUAAUAUGAUGUACGUGUAUUUAAAAAAAAAAAGUAAAAAAAAAAAAAGUAAAAAAAGUCAUGAAUUUUAACACUUAUAAAAAUAGGAAAACAAACUUUCAAACUGCAUAGCCAUCAAGAUUUAGAGAUCAUUUUCAUCAGAAACUAGUACAUUUUUUGUAUCAUGGACGAAAAAAAAAAGAAGUUAAAAUUGUGACUUGAAAAUGACGUGAACGUUUUAAGAAUAUCUGUGUAUAAAAAAAAUAAUAAUUAAUAAACAAAUCCUAUGUGUGCAGGGUUUUCACUUCGUUUGGUUGAGCCCUUUUCUCGAGCUGUAGAUAGUAAAAAAAAAAAUCAAUCAAAAAACUUUGGGGUUAACUCUAAAAUAACGCUCCAGUCGGUGGGUUGAUAAUUUUUGUGUGUGUGUAUCUUUGGCAGAAUCGGAAAGAAGUUGGCAUGUUGUCUUAAAGAGCAUAGGAGAUACAUUGUAAAACAAAAAAGAAAAAACACAAUUUAAAAAAAAAAAAAAAAACUGUGCGCAAACAUUUUGUAGAUAGUGUUCCUAGUCAGUGCUGUGUAGUUUGGGUGUCAAUGUUCGGAAUGGUUCCAGCAUAACCAGUUCACAAAGCAUUACUGUUGAUUUUAACCGUUGGAAACAAAAAAGAGAAAAAUUGCAUAGAGAAAAUGGGUCGUUAGCCGAGUUGCAAUCCAUUUAAAAUAAAAUUGCGACGUGUUUUAAUCACUUUCUUCACAGAAAGAAGUUUAGGGUUCAUUUUACUUUUUUUUUUUUUUUUUUGGCAAUGGUUUGUUUUGUGGAUGGAGAUGAAACUAUUGUAAUAACACUUUAAGUUGACGUGGUAAAAGAUUGGAAACUUUUUAAUAAUAAUAUUUCGUAUGAUAAAAGUUAUGCUCCUUUGAACACAGCCAAUGAUGUAUGUCGUACUCUUUUUGAUAUAGAAUUGAUGUAUAGGUUGUACCUUUUGUUUUUAUUCGAAUUAUCGUUUGCAAUUCUUAAGUAGCGACCAAUGCCUUGGUUCCGAUUCCCAAGUAUUGAAGAAAAAUUGAGACGCGUGUAGAUUUUUGUAGUACAUGUAAACCGCUAUCUUUUCUGGUUUGGUUUUUGCUUCACUGC